GGUGGAUUCUAGAAUAUUCUACGACAGGUUUUGAUACGCUGAGUUUUUGUGUGUGCGUGCGCGUGCGCGCCCGUGCACUAAUAUAGUACUACUUACUAGUACCAUACUACUAUUAAACGAUUGUACUGUUUGUCUGUUUGUGUAGUGUACAUUUGAUGAAAUAAUUACUACUAAUAAAUAUUACUAAACGUAUUACAUUAGAGCACAUACAAGUUACAACGGAUAAUUUUUAGGUAUUUAUGGUUAAAAGUAUUUUGUCUGUGAAUAAAGACUUGAAAUAAUUUAUUAUUAUAAAUCUAGGUAAGUAAUUAAUAUUUUUCUCGGUAUUUUAAAUUUUUAACUUCCCUUACACAUACUAUCUUCCUUAAUUAUACUCGUAACUCAUACGUUUUAAUUUUAAAUAUCAAUUGGGUAUUCAUUUUUUUUUUCUGAAUUCUCAAAGUUUAUAGUUGUUUUGAAUAGUAAUCGUAAGUUUUUAAUUAUAUCACUGGUAUGUAUCAUGUACGCCUACAUACUUAUGAUUAUUUUGACCUAUUACUGUUAAUCUCAUUCUCUGUGUGAUAGCUUGUAAGUACUUAUAUGGUAUUGUUUCGCGGGAGUAAUCAAUUCAAUAUAUUCCUUCAUCUAUAGAGAAUUUAAAGUUGUAUCUGAUGUAUGUAUUACUUCUUAUAGAUAUGAGAAUCCUUACACGAACUCAUAAAUAAUACACCAUUGUGAAACUGUGAAUGAUUAAAUUCCUGCAGAGAAUGAUUGGAUUUAAUUUAUAUUAUUUCCUAUUUUAAGUUAGUACUUUUACUUAGUCUUACUAAAGUAUUUUUUAACUUUUUUUUAUACUUAAUUUAAUCAUUUGAUAUUGGUUUUAAUGUUAUUUUAUUUAAACCAGAAUGUGUUAUUGUAUAUACAUUUCUACAAUUAUACAAUUUUAAUGAAUUGCAUUUCAACUAUAGAAAGAGUAUUAAUAAUCUUUUUAACUUAGCAGUAAUUGUAAUCAUAAGUUUAUGAUUUUUUUUAGUUUUUUCACAAUUGAAUUUAAUAUUUAUAACUAUUUAUCUAUUUUGUUUAUUAAAAAUUAGGUACCUAAUUAUUUUUUUUUGUAGGAUUUUAAUGUUUUUAUAUAUAAUGUAUAUUAUGUGGAAUCAUAUAAUUAAAUUGAUUCUCAACUCAAAUGAUUCAAUUUUUAAAUUUUAAUAUAACAAAAUUUGCAAAAACAUCCUCCUAGUCAUUUUUUUUAAAUAAGAUAAUUAUAAAUUUGUUAAUGUAUAUCAUAAUAAACACCUGUAAGUAUGCAUGAAUUAUUUAUAAAAAUGUAAUUUCUAGUAAGUUAUUAUAAAAUUAUUGUUAUUCAAAUUUUUAUAUUGAAAUAAAAAAGUUAAAUAUUUAAGAUAUUUAAUGAUUUAUUUUACUAAAUAAAUAUCUUUAAAAUAUGUCAUUUAAUCAAUUCAAUCUGUUUUUGAAAAAUCUUAUCUACUUAUUUAAUAUUUUAAGGUGGUGAUUUAUGUUUUUUGAAAUUUUCUCCAAUCUUAAACAAUUUAAAAAAAAUGUAUAGGUAUUUCAAUUAACUCCUUAAUGAUUACACUUUUCUAGUAAUCUAUUGUCUAAUAGUAAUUUUAGGGGAUGGUUUGUGGCUUGUAGACAAAUAUAACAUUUCGACUGGAAAGCCAGAUGAAAUUGUAGAAAUUGGUGUUUGAUGAAUUUCAAACUAUUAUUUUUUUUGUCACAUACUAGGGCAAAUUGGAAUUAUUAUUUUAAAUUUUAAUUCUAUGUAUCGUUUAUAAAAAGCAUAAUGCUGUAAAAUAAUGACAUUAUUUCCAAUAAUAUAUUCUACUAAUGAAGCUCAAAGAAAUUAUAAUCAGUCUUGAAAAUUGAAAUCCAUUAAAUACAAUUUCUACAGUUUCAUCUCACUUUUAGGUCUAAAUGAACUGAAUAUAUACUUCUUUCAAUUCGCUUACCAUAAUAUUUAUUAAUAUUAUAACGGUAUGUAUGUUUAGAAAACAUAUUUACUUUUAAUUUAAAUAGGUUCAUAAAUUAUCAAUUUUUCAUACUGAAUACAACAAUAGGUAUAUAUUAAAAUUAUUGGCAUCUUGAUGAAUAAGGGGAGAUCUGUUUUUAUGAAAUUGUAUACAAAACAUUCUAUUGUGUACAAACCAUAAAUCAUUGUAACAACUGUAGACUUUUAAUAUUGAUUAACUUUCAAGUUUUAUGAAUAUAUAUAUUUCGAUAAAAAUUCAUUUUAUUGUUAAGUGUGUAUAUACAGUGAAACCUUUACUUUUAAACAUCCAAAUAAUCCUUUAUAUAAUUAAAGACAAUUUUAAUUUUGAUCUUACUUCAAUAUUGUAACCUCAAUCUCAUAUAAAUAAGUAAAGUCUCAAUGUUGAGCUUUAUUCAAACUACUUGUUUAAUAGUUGCUUAAGUUUAAAAUAAUUUUGGUAUUAUUAUUUAGAUAACAAUUAUUAAUUUUUAUUUAUAGUUUAUGAUGGGAAAAGACUAUUACCAAAUCCUAGGUGUAUCGAAGGGAGCAGCAGAUGAUGAAAUUAAAAAGGCUUAUCGAAAAUUGGCACUUAAAUACCAUCCAGAUAAAAACAAAACUGCGGGAGCUGAAGAAAAAUUCAAAGAGGUAGCAGAGGCCUAUGAAGUAUUGAGUGAUAAGAAAAAACGAGAUAUAUAUGAUAAAUAUGGAGAAGAUGGACUUAAAGGGGGGGUAGGCCAAGGAAAUAGUACUAACAAUUAUUCUUAUACUUUCCAUGGUGAUCCAAGAGCUACAUUUGCUCAAUUCUUUGGUUCAUCUAAUCCAUUUGGCAAUAUGUUUGGUAAUAGUGGUGGUUCAAUGUUUGAUGAUGAAAUGGACUUUGAUGAUGGUUUUAUUAGAAUGUCACAUGGGCCACCUGGCAUGGGUGCUUUCAGAUCACAGUCGUUCAAUGUUCAUGGUUCACCAAUGGGACGAACUAAAGAAAAAGUUCAAGAUGCAGCUAUUGAGCAUGAUUUAUAUGUUUCAUUAGAGGAUAUAAUGAGAGGGUGUACAAAAAAAAUGAAAAUAUCGAGACGGGUGCUACAAGCAGAUGGAACUUCUAGGAAAGAAGACAAAGUAUUAACAAUUAAUGUUAAACCUGGUUGGAAAGCUGGUACUAAAAUAACAUUUCAAAAAGAAGGAGAUCAAGGAAUGAAUAAAAUACCCGCAGACAUAGUUUUUAUAAUAAGGGAUAAGCCUCAUCCAGUUUUCAAACGCGAAGGAAAUGAUAUAAGAUACACUACUUCAAUAUCUCUUAAACAAGUAAGUAAUAUUAAUUGAAUGAAUAAGAUUUCAUUCAUUUAUUUUAAAAUGAUUAAUUAAUAUACAAUGUACUUGUGUAAUUUACAGGCAUUAUGUGGUACAGAAAUUGUAGUUCCUACCUUAACAGACAAAAAAAUUCCCCUCAAUCUUAAAUCAGAAGUUAUAAAACCUACAACGGUAAAGCGAUUACAAGGUCAUGGUCUUCCAUACCCUAAAGAGCCAUCACGGCGAGGGGAUUUAUUAGUAUCAUUUGAUAUUAAAUUUCCCGAAGUACUUUCACCUGCUCUUAAAGACAUAUUAUACGACACACUACCAUGAGCAGAUUAAAAUGGCUCAAAGUUAUAAUCGGCCUUAAUUAUUGGCCUGUGUAUUUUGUAUAAUGAACAUUUUUUUACACACCCCAUGUAUAAAUAUAUAUAUAUAUAUAUAUUUAUAUAUUUAUAAAAUAUAAUAUAUUAUGUUAUUAUUUAAUAUAUUAUAUAAAAUAUGUCAUAUGUUUCUUCUUAAUCAUUAUUUUUUCUAACAUCUCCUUUGAUUGGAGGUAAUUAUUUCUGAAAAUUAUAAUUUAGGUUGAUAAAAUUAUGUUACAUUAUUGUACAAAGGUUUAACAUAAUAUUUUGUUAAUAAAUUGAACAACUUUGUGGUUUAUUUAAAUGAGAUUAUUUUUAUUGAAAUAUUCCAUUUUGUCAUUUAAUAUCUGAGCCAAAACUUGUAGAUCUAUUUAUACACAAACUGUAUAUUUUAUUAAUAGAUAUUCUUAUAUAAAGAUUUUAAAAAAAUAUUGGCUCCCAUGCCUAACUGCUCUACUGGAAAACUAGUGAAGUGAUUAUGUGUGAUCAUUAUUGUACACUAUUGUAUGUUUAUUAACAAUAUAUACAAAUUGAGACUUAACUUAAAUUUAAUUAUAUGAAUAUUGUUAUAGUUACCUAUAAAUAUUUUGUCAUGCUGUUAAAAGUUAGGGUUAUUUUAUUAGAAUAUGAACUUAUGGUACUAAUAAUAACCAAUAUUUUUUUCCUAAAAUUAAUAUGGUUUUGAAUUAUACUUUUACAAAUGUAUAUUUAUAGUUAUAGUAGUGUUGACUGUUUUUAAAAGGCAUUUAUUUGCAAAGUUAAGGUUGGAAAAGUUUCUCUAUUAUAUUUUUCAAGAUAUCUUAAUUUUAAAAUAAAUAUAUUUUUAUAAUUAGCC